UCCAAUUUCACAUUGUUUUUUUUUUUAAUUUCUCUGCUCCUUUUUUAAAAUAAAAAAUUCAGUUUUUUUUUCUGCGAAGCUCUUUGUUUGUCUCUGUCUCUUGUCUCUAUCCGACAAAAAUCAUAUCUAAUAUCCUGCAAAUUCGUACGAUAUUGAAGUAUGUGUAGUUCAAGAUCAUCUUCACCCUCCGAUUCCUUCUUCCCUUCUGAUGAAACCCAAUUCUCAAAGCUCGGAACUUGUGAUCUGAAUCUUCCCCAUGAUUAUUCCCAGUUCAAUGAUGAUGAUUCUUUAGGGUUUAAUCGAUGGCCUACUUUUCUUGAGGGGGUAGAAGAAGUGAAAGAGAUGGGGAAAAUAUCCGGACCGACUGCAAUAACCGGACUUUUAAUGUAUACAAGAGCAAUGAUCUCGAUGUUGUUCUUAGGUUACCUCGGAGAACUCGACUUGGCCGGUGGUUCUCUUGCCAUCGGCUUUGCGAACAUCACUGGUUACUCAGUCAUCUCUGGUUUAGCCAUGGGAAUGGAACCGAUCUGUGGUCAAGCUUAUGGAGCGAAGCAAAUGAAGCUUCUUGGACUUACCCUCCAAAGAACCAUCCUUCUCUUGCUCUCUUCUUCGAUCCCGAUUUCUUUCUUUUGGCUUAACGUGAGGCGAAUCCUCUUGUGGUGUGGCCAAGACGAAGAGAUCUCUUCGGUUGCCCAAACGUUCCUUCUCUUCGCCAUUCCCGACCUUUUCUUCCUCUCUUUGCUUCACCCUCUCCGCAUAUACUUGCGGACACAAAGCAUUACGUUGCCUGUGACUUACUCCACGGCCGUCUCGAUUCUUCUUCACAUUCCAUUGAACUUCCUUCUAGUGACAAAAUUCGAGAUGGGUAUUGUUGGAGUGGCCAUAGCAAUGGUUUUGACGAAUCUUAACCUCGUUGUCCUCUUAUCGUCUUUUGUCUAUUUCACCGGUGUCCAUAGAGAUACCUGGGUUCCUCUAAGUGUCGAUUGCCUCAAGGGAUGGUCCUCGCUUCUCUCCCUCGCGAUCCCCACUUGUGUAUCUGUGUGUUUGGAGUGGUGGUGGUAUGAGUUCAUGAUAAUGAUGUGUGGACUUUUGGCAAACCCUAAAGCCACUGUUGCCUCCAUGGGAAUACUAAUCCAAACCACCGCUUUGGUAUACGUCUUCCCUUCCUCUCUCAGCUUAGGAGUCUCCACAAGAAUCGGAAACGAGUUAGGAGCAAAACGUCCGAGAAAAGCCCGAAUUUCCGUGAUCAUCUCCCUCUUCUGCGCGGUAGGGUUAGGCAUAAUGGCAAUGGCCUUCACCAUUUUGGUGAGACACAAAUGGGGAAGGUUAUUCACAACAGAUGCAGAGAUUCUUGAGCUGACAUCGAUGGCAUUGCCCAUUGCAGGGCUUUGCGAGCUCGGAAACUGCCCUCAAACCACCGGCUGUGGAGUCCUGAGGGGCUCGGCCCGACCCACACUCGGCGCCAAUAUAAACUUGGGGUCGUUCUACUUGGUGGGCAUGCCUGUGGCUAUUCUGCUAGGGUUUGUGCUUAAACUAGGGUUUCCAGGUCUCUGGCUCGGCUUACUUGCGGCACAAGCAACUUGUGCAACCCUAAUGUUUUGUGCCCUUUGGAAAACGGAUUGGGAGGUUCAAGCCCAGAGAGCAGAAGAGCUAACCUCACAAAGUCACCAUAACAACAAGAGUCCUCCUCCUCUUCUUCCGGUGGCUGCUACGGCUAGGGUUAGUUUAGAAGCCGAUCAUAACACUUUUCUUUAUUAGGGUUUCUUGCAAUUCUGUUUCCCAUCUCCUAAUCAUAACAUUGACGUAUAUAUGUUUGUAAAAACUUUUUUUUUUUGGUGUAAG